UGGUCUCCUCUAUACAUUUGGAGAUGGUCGUUAUGGGAAGUUAGGCCUCGGAGAUGAGAACUUCACCAACCAGUUCACUCCAACUGUGUGCCAGCGAUUCCUCGACUACACUGUAAUAGCGGUUGCGUGUGGGGCGAGUCACAUGCUGGUUUUUGCACGUUUGCGGCACCAGGAAAGAGAAGAGGUGUGUUUAGAAGAUGAAGAUGUUACUUACUCAAACCUGGACAGGUGUUACACCUCAAUGUUGCUGGGGCAGCCACUCGAGAACCUCCCGGACCCAACAUCCACACCUGUCUCACUGUUUCCUGUCCUUCCUGUCUCACUUCCUGCCUCUCACCGCUGGAGCCUAUCAGCACGGUGCAGGAAAAGACAGCGGGCAGGAUUCCUCAGAGCAGUUUGGAACAAGCUUUCAGAAUCUGACUCCUUUCACAGCGAGAUUUCUCUCCAUGCCAAACAUCCUUUCUCCAACACCUCCGCCAAGAACCUUCAUACAGGAUUCAGCUCCUCAAAAUAGCAAUCAUUAUAUCCAUAGUCCUACAAGAACAACUACAGACAAGCCCAUAAUCAGGAUCACAGAGCACAGUCAGGAAAGCAGCCCUUCAAACAAGAGAUAUAAUAAGAGGGCAAGACUCCCAUCUGAAGGAACAGACAAACAAGACAAGAAAUCCACAAGCAAAGAACAACAUCCGGGUUCUGCAUCUGUAAAGUCUAGUGGAGAGAAAAUACAUGUAAAAACAAGACCUCCAACCGAAGUUCAACAGAUUAAACCUCCUCAUUUUGUUGGACGAGAACUCAAGACCAGCUCUACAUCAAGCUCUCCCAAAUGGAUCAAAUCUCCUGUUAAAUUUCAAGAAGCACAGUCUGAUAUUGUCCCAUUUAAAAAUAAACCAUCUAGCCGUCUUGUAAAUUCUCAAAAAGGCACUUACUCAAUGGAUAAAGCUUCAGCUGUUGAACAUAAACAGGAAAAAUUCAUAUCAGAGAAAAUUCCAGAAAAGCGUCUGCUUUCAACUAAAGCGCAAAAUAGUCCUGAAGAAAAUGGCGAGAUAAAAGGCAAAAAUACAAAACAAAUUAAGAGCAAAGAGGAAGAGCAGAUAAAACAAAUUACAGUUAAUCAAAACCCAACUGAGACUAUCAAAACACACGUUCUUUCAUCUACACAAGGAGAAAAUCUUGGAAAAAGAGAAGUUAAAGGAAGAACAAAAGGAAAACUGCUGGAAUCUCAAACAAGAGACCUUGAAAAAGCGAGUAAAACAGAGGACCAGAUUAAGAUUAAGAAAGAGUCAUCCUCAGAAAUCAACACAUCACCAUCCAGUAAAAAAUCAGCGUCAUCCAAAAGACAGUCGACAUUCCGUGUAUCAUCUGCCCAGAGAUCUGACAGAGAUCAGUCAGGAAACAACCCACUUCCUUCCAUUAAAUCAUCAACCACAGCUGAAGACCAGUCAACUUCAGUUUACCAGUCCACACCAACAACAAUCACCCAAUCAGACGGGAUUAAAGAUAAAAAGAAAGCAGCUGGAAAAGCAGCAGUUAGACGUUUAGUAAAGGAAUCGAAACAAAAACCUGAAACAGAGAAUCAAGAAAUGGACGAGAACCAACAAACUGAAGAGAAAAAGAGCCAAAAUCUGGAUUCUGCAGGAGCUGUUCUAUCAGCUCUGGCUUUGGCUAGUUCUGCACCAUUGAUAAAUGAAGCAAUAGGGUGGUGUGAUAUCUCUAAAGAGGAUAAGGCAUCUUCCUCAUCCUCAUCACUUCAGGAAAUGAACACAGAUAUGGAGGAAAAGAAAGUGAAGGAUGAGUCUGGCGAAUCUUUGCUUGACGAAGAGAAAGAGGAUGAAAAAUACGAUGUAGAGCAAAACCAGGAUGUGUCUGAAGUCAGCAGGAAAGAGGAAGAGGAAGAGGAAAAUGAGAGUAGUGAGGAAGAUACUGGUGAUGAUGAUGAGAUGGAUGAUAGUGAAGAAAAACCUGCUAUAGAUUUGAAAAGAGGAAGUGAAGGUAAGAGUGGAAGUGAAGAAGAGCUGAGUGGAGAUGGAGAGUCUGGAGAAAAAGAAGAAGAAGAAGAAGAAGAAGAAGAAGAAGAAGAAGAAGAAGAAGAAGAAGAAGUAGAGGAUGAAGAAGACAAAGAGGAGCGGAGCGAGGGAGGGAAUGAGGAAGCAAGUGGUAAGAGUGAAGAGGAUAAUGUUGAAAUUAGUGACAGUGAGAAAGAGGAGAAAGAAGAAAGUGAUGAAGCUGAGGGUGGAGAGAAAGAGAAUGAAGUAGAAGAGCAAGAAGAGGAAGGAGUGAACGAGUUUGAGGAAAGUGAGGAAGAGCAUGAGGAAAAAGGAGAUGAAGAAAACAAUGAUGAAUCUCAAAGUGAAGCAUCAAGAGAGGAGGAAGAGAAAGAGGAGCAGAAUGAAAAUGAAGAAGAGGAAGGCAGUGAAAAUGAUGGAGUGAUAGAGGAGGGAGAGAGUGGUGGAGAAGAUGAGGUUGAGGAAGAGGAGAACAGGAAUGAAGAAGAGAGUGAGGUUGCGAACGAUCAAGAAAACCGAAGUGACACUGAAGGUGGUGAAGAGGAGGAGAACAGUCAGAAGGAGGAGGAGGAGAAGGAAGAAGAAGUAGAGGAGAAAGAGGAGGAAGAGGAAAAAAGUGAGGAAGAAGCAGAAAAUGAAGAAAGCGAAAAUAAAAGUGAAGAUGAUGAAAUUGAGGGAGAGGAACAUGAGAAUGAAGAAGCAGAAAGAGAAGAAGCAAAUGAAGAACUGAAAGAAGAAGAAAAAGAAGAAGAAGAAGAAGAAGAAGAAGAAGAAGAAGAAGAAGAAGAAGAAGGCAAUGAAGAUGAAGGUAAGGAAGAAGUUGAGGAAGCUGAGGGCGAAGAGCAGGAGAAGGAAGAGCAAGCAGGAGAAGAGAAUGAUGAACUAAAAGAAGAUGAAGAGGAAGGAGAAGGUAAUGAAGCUGAGGGUGAAGAGCAGGAGAAGGAAGACAAAGAAAAGGAAGCAGAAGAAGAGAAUGGCGAACAAAAAGAAGAUGAAGGGGAAGGAGAAGAUGAGGAAGAAGCUGAAAGAGAAGAAGGCGAGGGCGAAGGUGAUGAAGCUGAGGGUGAAAAUCAGGAAAAAGAAGAGGAACAGGAAGUAGAAGAAGAGAGUGAUAAAGUAAAAGAAGACCAUGAGGAGAUGGAAGAUGAAGAAGUUAAUGAAACUGAGGGUGAAGAGGAAGAGGAAGGCGAAGAAGAGGAAGUAAAAGGUAAUAAGGGUAAAGAAGUAAAGGAAAUAAGGAAGGAAGGAAAGGUAGUUGUGAAAUCAUCUGAUGUAGUGAAAUCAAAGAAGAGCAGAGAAUCUGAUAAAAGGAUAAAAGAAGAAGAUGAAGAGGAAUCAGAACUCCAGAAAGAAGAGGAAGCAACAAAAGAAAAAGUACAGAAAGAGGAAAAACUGAACGAACAAGAGAAAGAAGAAGAACCUGAGGAGGAAGAUGAAGAUGAACAGGAAUCAGAGUAUGAGGAGACAACAGAUAAAACAAAAAAUGUGAGAGAAGAAAGAGAGGAAGAAAACAAAUACAAUGAAGAAUUAGAGGAAGAAGAGGAAGAGGAAGAACACUUGGAAGGGGAAGCAGGUAACAAUGAAAAAGAACAGAAAGACACUGAAGAGGAAGAUGAGGAGGAAGAAGAGGAGGAAGAGGAAGAAGAAAAUGAGGAGGAAGAAGAAGGAGAAGAUGAUGAGGAGGACGAGGAGGAAGAAGACGAAGAAGAGGAGGAGGAAGAAGAAGAGGAAGAGGAAGUGAAUCAAAAGAAAGGACUAAAAGCAAAGACUAAAGCAGCACCUCCAGCCAAAGCAUCAGUUAGACAAAGAAGCAGGAGAGAAAAGCAGAAUCCUCUGGUGAAGAAGAGAUCAGCUCAUCACUCUCAGGACACUCAGUUCUGGAACAACGUCUUACCCCAAUAUCUGGACCUCAAAUGACAUUUUUACUGAUAAAAUAAACGUUUCAGGAAUAAUUUGCCAAUGAAAACCAGUGUAAUGUGGAUUAAAAUCUAAAACACA